AUGACCAGAUCCAACCACCCCCUCACCCAAGACCACUACGAAGUCCUCAACCUUCCCUUCACAGAAACGCCAACAGCACUCUCCAAACAACAACUGAAAGCAGCCUACCACAAAGCCCUGCUCAAGCACCACCCGGACAAAGCGCCCGGCGCAAUCGCAAAAGAUGUCCAGACCAGCAACACCAGCACCAGCAGCCUCACUACAUCAGACACAAACUCCUCGUCGCACACGACCCAUCGCUACACAAUAGACGAGAUUACAACCGCAUACAAAACACUAUCUGUUCCAUAUCUACGCGCUGAAUAUGAUCGGUCGCUGCGACUCGAUCGCGCAAGGGUCGCGGAGCGGGAGAAGACAGGGACGGUUUUCCAUACCGGGUUGGAGGUCGUUGAUCUGGAGGAUCUGGCGUGCGAUGAGACUGAUGCGGACGCUGCGCUCUGGUAUCGAGGGUGUCGGUGUGGAGAUGAGAGGGGGUUCUUGGUUACGGAGCAGGAUUUGGAGAGGGAGGCGGAGCACGGGGAGAUUGUUGUGGGUUGUCGGGGGUGUAGUUUGUGGAUGAAGGUUUUGUUUGCUGUUGAGGAUGGGGAUGAGGAGGAUACUUGA